AUGCUUCAGAAACCAGACGGAAGCUUGAGAAACUCUGCAGAGCGACGGGAGCCUGAGAAACUCUGCAAAGCGUUGGCCGCCGUGACGGACAAGACCGUCAUUGACAAGCCAGACUUUGCAAGUAACAGAUCGACAGCCAAUGUAGAAUCACGUGAGGCUAACUUUACGAUAAUUACAGAGCAGCGGCUGGCGAAGAACGACAAAAAACUGACUUGCGAAGCCUUGCAUCUCCCGCACUUCCAGUGGGUCACCAGACAGUGCCGAGGACCAGACUUCAAAGUGAAUCAUAACGAGUGGGCCAACCUCAUGAUUUCCAAUGCUCAGGCCCUGAUCUCUGGCUCUGUGGGUGCCUACGCGUUGCUGUACGAGGAGCCGUUCGCGAGCACUACGACCAAGGUGCUCCGGUUCGACACCUCCAUCGACACAGUACACGGCUAUUCUCGAUCACUGGAGCAGGUGCUGCCCUUUAUCCUGGCCUACUUUGCGUACGACCUCCUGAACAUGACGAUGUUUAUGAGAGACAAGCCUGCGGAAAAGCUCAUGCUGAUGCACCACGGGCUAUGUCUGCUGAUUUGGCCAUUGAGCUUCCACUACAGAGCCGGUAACUACUACGUGCUCUAUUUCAUUGCCGCGGAGCUUUCCACUUCACUUUCGUGGACAGCUGGAUACUUUCUCCCUCUUUAUGGAAUCACCGGGGCAGCCUACUAUGUGAUCGGGACAUUCACCCUCAUAGCGUUCACCACCGUGCGUGCACUUCCCUCACCUUGGAUCUGGUGGUCGCUUCUCUCAUCGCAGUCCUUCUGGGCAGACGUGCCGGUGGGGAUCUAUGCCGUGGCGAUGCUCACGUUGCCGUUGCCAAGCCCUCUCUUUCUGUACUGGUGGUCGACGAGGAUCCUACGACCCUGGAUAGUU